UCCAAAUAUUACUAACCUACGGUAAAGAAAACGAAGAUUACAACUUCAUAAGAAUAUAACACUUAUACAUGUACGUAUGUACAAAAUAUAUUCACAAACGUAUUAAAUGAGUUGAAGUUUAGCUCGACUGUAUUAAACAUAGAAGGAUUGAAGUGAAAUAUGACUGGUGUUGUGUAAAAGACAAUUAGCUGAUAGUUGGACUAAUAACCUAAAUUCGGAUUGGCUGAUAGCAACUCGUAUGAGUAGCAGAUUUUGUGAUAAAAAAUAUGAAAACGAUACACAUUUAAUAAGAUUUUUUACGAUAGACCAAUAAUUUGUCCUGGAAUAAAACAUUUGAUUAUGUUGUUUAACAAGCGCAGUUUUUUACUCAAAAAUGACUUGUCCAUAUGUUAAAUAAAUAUUGCUUUUUAAUAGACUUACUGAAGUUUGUUUGUUUCAACUAAGUAAAGUAACGAUUGUUGAUUAAAGUAAAUAACAAUGAAAAUAAAAGAAGAUUUAGUUAUCUGGAUGUGUUGGUGUAUAUUUAAUAUUUGUUCAGCGGAAUUAUCGAGUGUGUCAUGGCCUUCAAGAUCGUCAUCAGAGAAAAACAUCAGUAGCAUGACUUUGAUAAGCGAUGGACAGAAGUUGAUAGUAAGUGGAUUAAACCAUUUGUAUAGUUUGAAUACAACAAACUUGCAGCUUAUAAAUGAUGUUGUAAUUGGACCAGUGGAUGACAUUGAUAACGAUGUGAGACUUGUCAUAUACAACAAAACAGAACCUAACAAUGACGCUUAUAUAACAACAUGUGAUACCUUGAAUUCAUAUUGUGAAAUCAGACGAUUAAGUGACAUUUCGGAGGUCGUAAAUCGACUAGAGCCACCUAUCAAGUCAGAGGGAGUACAAGCUUUAAUGACAUCGUUUGAGAAGCCAAAUGGACAAAAUCGAUGGGACACUUUCCUAUUUGUUGCCUGUCCGCAUGCCGAAGUCCAGGAAAAGAGAUGUUCAAGGCCAGGAAUACAUUGGUACAUAAAUAGCGGCCUCAAAUGGCAAAGCCCAUUUUAUGGAUUCAAAUCUAUUACUGAAACGGAAAUUACAACUGAAAAAUACGUUGAUGCUUUCGUUGUAGAUCAAUAUCGAUUAUUUUUCAGUUUGCAAAAACAUAAAUCUUCACAAGAGAGAAUAGGCAGAAUAGCCCAAGUGUGUCAGUACUUCACCAAAGGAUUCCAUGCAAACCAGUAUACUACGCCAUGGACGUAUGCUGAUAUGCCAAUAGAAUGUGGACUGUUAAAGGAAAUACAAGCAGUAAAGAAAAUUGUGUUUGAAAAGGAGACAGUUUUUGUUGCUGUCUUUAAUGAUUCAGUGAAAUCGUCUGUUUGUGUUUACACGAUGACUGAAACAAAGCAAAAGUUUGUGGAAAACAUCAAAGACUGUUAUAGUGGUAAACAUGUUCCUGAAGAAGAAAAUUACAUCAAAUUCAAAGGAAGUAUCCGUCCAUGUGAAAACGCUGCCAAAGAAAAUUUGAAUUCUCAAACGGAUGAAUAUUUUUUAUGCAAUACAGACAACCUACAAAACUAUCACAGUGUGAUUGGCACCCAUGUUUUGUCUAAACAGCCGGCUGUUACGUAUGCUAAACCAUUGACAGCCCUGACAGUGUCUGUAGUGGAUUCAAAGAUCAUUGCAUUCCUUGGUUCUGAAUCUGGUGACAUUUUAAAGGCUGUUGUUCACCCCAGUGAUUCCACUUAUUAUGUACAGCAAUUGAGGAUACCCAACAUUGAAAGUAGGGUCAAAAAGGACAUGUACACAUCAUCCGAUGAAAAACACAUCUUUGCUCUGACUCAAACAAAGGUUUUCAAGAUUCCUGUGCAGUCAUGUUCUGAGUUUGUGACCUGUGAUAGGUGUUUAUUUAGUAAAGAUCCAUAUUGUGGCUGGUGUUUCUUAGAAGAAAGAUGUAGUACAAGAGAUGCUUGCCCCGAAAAUAAGGAGUGGAUAUCAGCUUCAAGUGGUGAUAUAUGUCCACAGGUUGAAGAUAUUACUCCAACAGUAAUGUCUGUUUGGGAAAUAGAAACGCUCAAUAUAACAGUUUCAAACGUAUUGCAAGGCGUGAAAGUGUCGUGUUUGUUCCAUAGUGACGAAAUCGAGGCUGACUUUAAUCAUAUUGAUGAAGCAGAGGUAUCCAGCGAUGGUCUAUCAGUAAAAUGUAGGCCAACAAAUAUAUCUGCUAUACAAGACAAAAUUAAAGGUUCUCUUGAAAUGAAGGUUGCAAUAUUGGCAAAUAGUUCAACUACAACUAUAAAUGGAACAUUUACGAUAUAUAGAUGUGAUACCUUUGAAAGAUGUUUUGAUUGCUCAGCAAAGAAUUGGUCAUGCAAAUGGUGCCCCUUCUUGAACCAAUGUACAAAUCACACCUGUGUUAAUAAAAGCAUCAACAAUACAGAAGAUUGUCCACGCACCAUUAAUUACACUGUUGUUACAAAUGGUCAGGAUAUCGUACAUGAUUCGGAUGGUUCCGUGUAUUUCUCUAGAGGCAGAAACUAUACUAUAAACAUAACGGGAACCAAUUUGUUAGAACCUAAAACAACACUAGACUCAUUGAAGUAUAGUUGCAAGAUAGUUGUAUCAGGAUCACAAGAACUUUUGUUUAACAGGACAACCUUUAAUCAUGGAAGUCUGGUGUGUUAUUUAGAAAAGGAGGGAUUGUCUAAAAUAACAUCACAAGAAGGUAAACUCGAUGCUACAGUCCAACUUAUGUGGGGAGGAUCUCCAGUCUACGGGAGUGCAGAGCAAGUUAUCAUUUACACAUGCGCAGGACUUACGAAACCCGCUAAUAACUGUGGACAUUGCAAAAGUUUUGAAUUGUAUCAACCUCAUUUUAACUGUCAAUGGUGCGGCAAAGCGUGUGUUGACAGCAGUGAAAUAUGUAACAACACAGCUUGUGACGAUCCUAUCAUUACUAAGGUAUAUCCACUCAGCGCUCAUAUGAAUGCAACGACAUUGAUAGAAAUUACAGGUGUGAAUCUUGGGUCUUCCUUCAAUGAAACAAUCGAUUCCGUGACAGUUGCCGGAACAGUCUGUGAUUCAAUUGAAAGUGGCUACAUUCCUGGCAUAAAGAUCGAGUGUGAACUUCCACCGAGUAACAAAGUGAUGAAGGGAAUUGUGGUUGUGACAAGAAAAGAUAACGCUAGUGGGGAGUACUCGUCACCGUUCCAAUUUCGGGUUCCUACAGUCAGUGAUAUAGAGCCCUCCCUCGGACCAAUGUCAGGUGGCACACUUGUUACGCUAUAUGGACAGCUACUGGACACCGGUAGAGAAAUGAGUGUUUCUAUUGGCGGCAAAGCCUGCAAAGUCUAUAAUUUUAAAGAUGGAACUAUUAACAAGAACUCGUCAAAAAAGCGUGUGUGCAUAACAACAGCUGGAAACAUUAAUGAUCAAGAUAAGGUUCUCGACGUGAAUGUACAAUUUGACGGUGCGAAUGCUGUGUUAAGCGAAGACGUGACAUAUACAUAUAUUGCAGAUCCAAGUAUAACAUCUAUAUCGCCGAAAAAAAGUUUUAACAGUGGUGGACGAACUCUUACAAUUGAAGGUAACAACUUACACGCAAUACAACUACCAAAGAUCUAUGCAAUGAUUGGUGAAACAAGACUUACGUCCGAGAAUUGCACAAACACCAAAGAAGAUAAUGAUGGCGUUAUUUAUUGUCCUAGUCCUAGAUAUACUAGCGAAAGAAAUAGAGGGUAUGACAGAUCGGAUGGCAGUUCAUUCAAAGCAAGUCUUGGUUUUGAAAUGGAUGGCGUCUCAUCGGUAAAAGCAAAAAAUCUAUCCAAAAGCAUAGCUGUGCUUUCGUACUUCGAAGAUCCUUCAAUUAAAAACUUCACGGAGGAUAAAAAAUACACAGAAUUGAUCUCUAUACAGGGAGACCGUUUAAACGUUGCAGCAAACGAUGGAGACGUUGUCAUAAUGAUCGGCUGUGAGAGGUGCAACAUAACGAGUAUGGCUCACGAUAAUAUUAUUUGUCGACCUCCAGUAGAAAAACCAACAUGUAUUAAUUUGGUGAAAAAACAGAAAUUCAGCGUCAUUGUGAAUAUCGGAUUUCUGUCAAGAAUUGUUGGUAAUUUCACAUACAAUGAUCCAUCUGUUAAGCCGCUUGAUGAUACAGGGCGACAAAUAAUAACAAGAAGCGUUGUAGGGAUUCUGAUCUUUGGUCUUCUGUGUAUUGUCUUUGUAAUGUGUAGAAAACGAAGGCUUAUGAAGAAAGAGAAAGCCGGUCUACAGUAUAAAAUGAAUAAAAUAGAAGCAAAGUUUAGAACUCAAUGCAGAGAAGAAUUCGCUGCAUUACAAACUGCCGUCUCUGAUUUAACAAGCGAUUUGAGAGGAGGGAAAAACGCCUUGUUUCGAGAAUAUGAUGUGUAUGCGAGUAAAACACUUUUUUCAUCACAAAAGUCAGACAUGUUGAUGAACCAACAAUCAAAGCCUACUGAACAGGCUCAACAAGCUUUGGAUUCGUUUAAAGGAUUAUUACGUAAUAGACAGUUUCUUCUCAUGUUGAUUAAAACAUUGGAGAAAGAGCAAUCCUUUACAAUAAAUGACAAGUAA